UCGGCAAUCGCUCGGCCUCCCCCAUCCCCCGGUAACGGUCGCUGGUGAGUUUAAAUGAGCCGGGGCUGGCCGGGCCGGAGCCGCUACCGGGGGGGCCUGAGGCACUGCAGAAAGUGGGCCUGAGCCUCGAGGAUGACGGUGCUGCAGGAACCCGUCCAGGCUGCUAUAUGGCAAGCACUAAACCACUAUGCUUACCGAGAUGCGGUUUUCCUCGCAGAACGCCUUUAUGCAGAAGUACACUCAGAAGAAGCCUUGUUUUUACUGGCAACCUGUUAUUACCGCUCAGGAAAGGCAUAUAAAGCUUAUAGACUGUUGAAAGGACACAGUUGUACUACACCACAAUGCAAAUACCUGCUUGCAAAAUGUUGUGUUGAUCUCAGCAAGCUUGCAGAAGGAGAACAAAUCUUAUCUGGUGGAGUGUUUAAUAAGCAGAAAAGCCAUGACGAUAUUGUUACUGAGUUUGGUGAUUCAGCUUGCUUUACUCUUUCGUUGUUGGGACAUGUAUAUUGCAAGACAGAUCGGCUUGCCAAAGGAUCAGAAUGUUACCAAAAGAGCCUUAGUUUAAAUCCUUUCCUCUGGUCUCCUUUUGAAUCAUUAUGUGAAAUAGGUGAAAAGCCAGAUCCUGACCAAACAUUUAAAUUCACAUCUUUACAGAACUUUAGCAACUGUCUGCCCAACUCUUGCACAACACAAGUACCUAAUCAUAGUUUAUCUCACAGACAGCCUGAGACAGUUCUUACGGAAACACCCCAGGACACAAUUGAAUUAAACAGAUUGAAUUUAGAAUCUUCCAAUUCAAAGUACUCCUUGAAUACAGAUUCCUCAGUGUCUUAUAUUGAUUCAGCUGUAAUUUCACCUGAUACUGUCCCACUGGGAACAGGAACUUCCAUAUUAUCUAAACAGGUUCAAAAUAAACCAAAAACUGGUCGAAGUUUAUUAGGAGGACCAGCAGCUCUUAGCCCAUUAACCCCAAGUUUUGGGAUUUUGCCAUUAGAAACCCCAAGUCCUGGAGAUGGAUCCUAUUUACAAAACUACACUAACACACCUUCUGUAAUUGACGUGCCAUCCACCGGAGCCCCUUCAAAAAAGACUUUUUGUGUUUUACAGUCUGUUGCCAGAAUCGGCCAAACUGGAACAAAGUCUGUCUUCUCACAGAGUGGAAAUAGCCGAGAGGUAACUCCAAUUCUUGCACAAACACAAAGUUCUGGUCCACAAACAAGUACAACACCUCAGGUAUUGAGCCCCACUAUUGCAUCUCCCCCAAACGCACUGCCUCGAAGAAGUUCACGACUCUUUACUAGUGACAGCUCCACAACCAAGGAGAAUAGCAAAAAAUUAAAAAUGAAGUUUCCACCUAAAAUCCCAAACAGAAAAACAAAAAGUAAAACCAACAAAGGAGGAAUAACUCAACCUAACAUAAAUGAUAGCCUGGAAAUUACAAAAUUGGACUCUUCCAUCAUUUCAGAAGGGAAAAUAUCCACAAUCACACCUCAGAUUCAGGCUUUUAAUCUACAAAAAGCAGCAGCAGAAGGUUUGAUGAGCCUUCUUCGUGAAAUGGGGAAAGGUUAUUUAGCUUUGUGUUCAUACAACUGCAAAGAAGCUAUAAAUAUUUUGAGCCAUCUACCUUCUCACCACUACAAUACUGGUUGGGUACUGUGCCAGAUUGGAAGGGCCUAUUUUGAACUUUCAGAGUACAUGCAAGCUGAAAGAAUAUUCUCAGAGGUUAGAAGGAUUGAGAAUUACAGAGUUGAAGGCAUGGAAAUCUACUCUACAACACUUUGGCAUCUUCAAAAAGAUGUUGCUCUUUCAGUUCUGUCAAAAGACUUAACAGACAUGGAUAAAAAUUCGCCAGAGGCCUGGUGUGCUGCAGGGAACUGUUUCAGUCUGCAACGGGAACAUGAUAUUGCAAUUAAAUUCUUCCAGAGAGCUAUCCAAGUUGAUCCAAAUUAUGCUUAUGCCUAUACUCUGUUAGGGCAUGAGUUUGUCUUAACUGAAGAAUUGGACAAAGCAUUAGCUUGUUUUCGAAAUGCUAUCAGAGUUAAUCCUAGACAUUAUAAUGCAUGGUAUGGUUUAGGAAUGAUUUAUUACAAGCAAGAAAAAUUCAGCCUUGCAGAAAUGCAUUUCCAAAAAGCACUUGAUAUCAACCCUCAAAGUUCAGUUUUACUUUGCCACAUUGGAGUAGUUCAACAUGCACUGAAAAAAUCAGAGAAGGCUUUGGAUACCCUAAACAAAGCCAUUGUCAUUGAUCCCAAGAACCCUCUAUGCAAAUUUCACAGAGCCUCAGUUUUAUUUGCAAAUGAAAAAUAUAAGUCUGCUUUACAAGAACUUGAAGAAUUGAAACAAAUUGUUCCCAAAGAAUCCCUCGUUUACUUCUUAAUAGGAAAGGUUUACAAGAAGUUAGGUCAAACGCACCUUGCCCUGAUGAAUUUCUCUUGGGCUAUGGAUUUAGAUCCUAAAGGAGCCAAUAACCAGAUUAAAGAGGCAAUUGAUAAGCGCUAUCUUCCAGAUGAUGAGGAGCCAAUAACCCAAGAAGAACAGAUCAUGGGAACAGAUGAAUCCCAGGAGAGCAGCAUGACAGAUGCGGAUGACACACAACUUCAUGCAGCUGAAAGUGAUGAAUUUUAACUUCUGGAAAUCGGACUUUUACAACUGGAUGUGUGACUAGUGCUGACAUGUUUCUCGUCCCUCCAUAUACUGAGUCUUUACUCUUGAGCCGGCGGUGUCAUCAUCCAUCACUUAUACCAUGAGUGUGCCACUUUCAUUGGACCCUGACUGUAUACGGAAUGAAAGGCAGUGCAAUAUUUAGCUGCUAACAAGACUGGCUCUUUUACCAGUAUGAAUGACAAUUUAUGGGGGGUAGGGUGGGGAACUUUCUUUUCUGUUUUUCUUUAAUCUCCCUUUGUUGGAAAGUAUCAUGAAAGGAAGAGUUAUGUUUUAUCUUGAAGGAACCAUUAGAUAUGGAAAAUAGUGAUGAACCAGAAUUUCUUGGUUGCUUUCUCAAAAAUUUGUUUUUAUUUGGUUCUGUUCCUGAUAAACAGAGUAACUGACCUUCAUUUCUAGGUUCUUCAAGAAUGGUGUUUGCAAGUGCCAGAUGGAACAAUAAAAGACGUUGCCUAUAACAGUAACUUGAUUGCCAAGGAAUGUAAAUUACCUUCAACUUGCAGUGUCUCCCAUAAACAAAUGUAAUGGGCAUAUUGGGACUCAUAUGUAGGAAUCAAAUAUCCCUCCAUACAGUGUACACUUAUUCUUGGCAAGAAUGCUUUAAUGUCUAACCAAGAAUUUUAAUUUAUUCAUCUUGCUUCAAAGUGUUGAUCAUUGUUGUCUUGGUAUUGCAAACUUUAAAAUUGGUUCAUACCAUAUUGCCUCUUCUCUUUGAGCUCUGUGGGAUCACCUUUAACAUUCAGAGAUGAUAGAGUGGUUCCCCACUGAGAAGCCAAAACAAGGCCCUUAGUAAUCCCUUAAGUUCACCAUAUCAAUCAGAAUGAGAACACUAAAGUGGAGAGACUUUAAGAGAUCAUGAUAGUGAAAGCCUUAAUAUAAUCAGAAUGGUACCAUAACCUUGAAUCUAUAUUUGUUCAAAACAUUAUCCCUUUGACUUUUCUAAGUGUUUGCUUAAGCAGAGUAUAAGAAUGUGUGGAUCCAUCCUGGCUAACACAGUGAAACCCCGUCUCUACUAAAAAAUACAAAAAAAAAACUAGCCAGGCGAGGUGGCGGGCGCCUGUAGUCCCAGCUACUCGGGAGGCUGAGGCAGGAGAAUGGCGUAAAACCUGGGAGGCGGAGCUUGCAGUGAGCCGAGAUCUGGCCACUGCACUCCAGCCUGGGCGAUAGAGCGAGACUCCGCCUCAAAAAAAAAAAAAAAAAAAAAAGAAUGUGCGGUUACCUUUGGUUGAGAUCCUUUCCAUUCUUUUUGACUCUCUGCUUCAGAUUUUUUCAGUAAUGUGAGUCACCAAAACAUUUACUAAGAAUUGGAUUUAGGAUAUUGGAAAUUUUUAGCUUGGGUGAAGAAACAUUCUUAAGAAGGAAAUAGGUUCUCUUCUGAGUUUAUCAUAAUAUCGGUUGGUGUCUUUGGGAAAUGACCACAAUUUUAAGAAUUUAAUUAUGCAUAUAAAUUGAUAAUUAUUGGAAUUCCACCGUAACAGAUUUAAACAGUCUUAAAUUGUUUAUCUCCUUUAUUGUAAUGUAUUGAAAUUUUAGAGAAACUUUAGUUGUUAACAUUUUAUUAAGUGCCAAUGUCAGAAUAUAACAAAUUAUAGUUUCUUAUGAAUAACAGGCCUACAGUUAUUAUUUUGGAUUAUUUGAUGAAGGACAAACUUACCUGUAUUUGUUAGUCAAGCUGUGAAAAUAAGGUGGAUUAUGAAAGAUGUGAAAAAAAUUUUAGCCUGUAGACUCAGUAAUUUUCUAUAAUUUACUGUUAAUCUCAUUUGAAUAUGGAUUAGGUACAAUUAUAAAUUAAUUCAAGUCAGGGUCUUUAGGUAUCAGGUGCCAGAGAGAUAUUUAACAGAUUUCCCUACCUAAAUUUAUGUAUAUGUACUGUCUAAAAAAGUACUUUUUAAAAAAAAGGAACAGUUGGGAGAAAAUAAAUAUAAUGAAAAAUUCCCAGAGGCUAGCACUUGGAUUCUAACACAUAUGCUAUUGUAUUAUCCAUUAGUUCUGUAAUAUUUAAUUUUAGAUUCUUUUAUAUUUUUAAUUGGCAAAGCACAAGGUGCUGUGUAACAGUGUCAUUUAGAGUUUUAUAGAAAGCUUCAACCUGAGUUCUGCGUUUUAAAGCCUGGAGAAAGCUAAGCUUAGAACAUAAUUUGCUGAAGUAUAAUUAUCUUUUUGUAGUAGGAAUUUAUGUCCUGUGCCAGAGGUGAGAGUCUUUCUGGUACUGAUUUUUUGAGACCAAGGAUAAAAGGAUCGUUUUGUAAGACACGCCAUGGCAAUGGCUGGCUGGGGGACAGUUUCCGCCCAAGCUUGGCCUAUUUUAUUUUUCCUCAUACCUACUUUUAAAGUCAUUAGGUAUCUGAAGCCUUAUUUCCCACCUAGUAACACUUUCUGGCUUUUGUGGUUUCUUUUUUUGUUUUGUUUUUUGCAUGGAAUGGGGAUCAAACAACCAGAAGAAAAACACAUUUUGAUCAAGCAAAAUGUUUGUUUCAAACAUCAGAAGUUUAUUUUACAGAAAUUAAAUUAAGUAGUUUGACAUCCUUUUCUCUGUUUCACACAUAUAUUAGGUUGGUGCAUAAGUAAUUGUGGUUUUUGCCAUGACUUUUAUGGCAAAACCUGCAGUUACUUUUGCACCAACCUAAUACAUAUAUAUGCGCACACACUUGUUCAGAAGCUAUGUUGUGGCCUUGGAUUUGUUUUUCCCCUUGGAAAUGGUUCUUAACUCUGGGAUUUUAGAAGGUUAGAAUAUUUUUUCAAGAGAACAGUGGUACUCAAAAUAAUGAAAGGUGGUCCCUACAUUUUCUGUAUUCAUCACUUAAAAUUUUUGAUUUUUCCAAGAACUACAAGUAACAUUUGAACCAUGCUGCUGUUGUACCUUAAACAAAAACUCAGUGAUAACCAGUAUUUAGUCUAUUAAAAAUGCUCUUUUUGAAGAAAAAAGUUUGGAAGUCUCUGAUUAGCCAGAGUAUAGUAUGAGUCUUCACUGAGAAAUAUGGUGACCCAUUUUCUUUGUGAAAACCUGGGAAAAUGCAAGUGUGGGUGUGAAGUGUGUGUUCUGUUUGCAUUGAAACAAUGUAAUUUUGUGUCUUCUUUUUGCUUUAACUGACUUAUUUCAGAAAUUGUACAGUCUUGAGGGGGAAAGUCUUUUCUGUUAAUAUAUUUGCAAUUCAUUAAAGGAUAUGGAAAAUCCAAA